CUGGCCAAACGCGGGCACGAUACGAGUCUGCAAAAAGAGCGUUCUCCUGAGCAGCUGAUAAAGAUCACUUUUAGCCGCCGCAGCUAUGAUCGCUGUUGUACCCGAUGCUUCAGCCUGGCCAGUCCUCCGAGCAUCUUUGGAUCCAGAAUUCAUCUCAAAAGCCUGCAUUUUGAUCCUUGAUAUUCUUUUUGCAAUCUUGCUUCCCUCCUUUUUUUUUUUUGGCUCUCACCCCUGUGAAUGAAGUUGCGGACUCAUUUAAGUAGAAAUUCUUGUUUCUUCACCGCGAUUUGCUGGCGGCCGUUAAACGCGCCAACCGUCUCCAUUGGUUCCACGAUUCUCGCCACCUUUUGACCACCUCAUUUAUACCUCAGAGAGAAUUUGCCUGGUGCAAACUCCUCCAAAGCAGGCAGGCCAACAUGCCUCUCGGUCAGACCAUUACCGUGGUCAACAAGUCGGGUAAGAUUGUUAGCAGUAGCAAGCAGCUGGUCAAUGUGUGGAAAGAGGCCAGAGCCGCCUACCGAGAACGCAAAGCUGAGAUCGAAGCAUAUCGGGAGGCCGAGUUCGAGCGGAAGCGUGCCGAACGACGAGCCCAAAAACAGCUAGAAGGCGAUGCGGCGAGUCGAGCAUCAUCCCAUAGAUCCAAGCCAGCCCACCGAUCCAAGAGUACAAGACGUGGAGAGCGCCCUUCGGCAGUGCGAGGCUACACGGACACGUACUACGGAAACGAUCCACAGCCACAGCGACAUGGUGUGCCGAGGUCAGCCAUAGAGGAGGAAGCGUUGCCAAUACGCAACAAGGAACUUACUCGAAGACACACGGACGGCAACUAUCUCGCCGUGGCUCCUCCAGGGAGACGGUACUCGGAACCGCACAAUAGCUGGAGCCGCAGAUCGAGCAUCGACAUGGACUUGGCAUACGGCGAUCUGCCGCCACCCGUCCCUCAGACCAGGUAUCACGACGACGAGGAGCUACGCGGCAAGAUGACCACCCUGACGAAGCUGCUCGACGAAGCGAACUGCCUGCAGUACAGCGUCACGACGAUGGUCGAGCAUCUGCAGAAAAAUCCGGACGCGCUUGCCGCCGUCGCGCUCACCUUGGCCGAGAUCUCGAACCUGGCCGCGAAGAUGGCUCCCGGCGCGCUUGGCGCUCUCAAGAGCGCGUUCCCGGCCGCCACCGCGCUACUGAUGAGUCCCCAGUUCCUGAUCGCGGCCGGCCUGGGCGUGGGCGUGACCGUCGUCAUGCUCGGCGGGUACAAGAUCAUCAAGCGCAUCAAGGAGACCAAGGAGGAGAGGGAGCUCGAGGCUCCCAUGGAGCUGCACGAGCUCGAGGACGUCGAUCUGAGCAGGAUCGAGAUGUGGCGUCGCGGCAUCGCCGACGUGGCGGCCGAGAGCGCGGGCUCGACCGUCGACGGCGAGUUCAUCACGCCGGACGCCCGCACGCGUCUCGCCGAGGAAGGCGUGCUUCGGGCCGACGACGUAAAGAGCACCAGAAGCCACAAGACUCACAAGAGCAAGAGCGGCCACCGCCACAAGGCAAGCUCCAAGGCCGGCACCUCUACUGGAAGAACAAAGGACAAGGACGGGAAGAAGAAGAAGGCCCCGAGCGCGCUGAGGAUGUUGUUUUCGCCCGACAGGAGGGUGUGAGAGGACCUCCACGGGCUGAGGGGUGCAGCAAUAUCGAAUAUUUGUUUCCUCUUUACUUUUGGGCAUCUUCGACUAUCUACUCAGCUGCAUUUGGGCUUUUUUUUUUUCGUG